AUGGCGGAGCACGAGUGGUUCGAUACCUUUAUAAUGUUUCAAAGACUCGAGCAUCUUUCGGUGGAUCCAGCGGACUUUGAUUUGAAUUAUCAGAACGACUUGGACGGCCCAAAUGCGUUCAUCACCACAUUACCUCGAUCACUUCGAAGCCUAACCUUCCUGGCCCAGCACCACUCGGACUUCACGGACAUCGAAUGGCUUGCCGACGCCGUUCACGAAGGGGACUUUGAAAACCUCGAAAGCUUCACCAUUCAUGUUCCAUACAGAGACAGAGACUUCUUUCACAAGGCUAUGAGCGAAAUCUGGUGUGGGAUCGAUAAGCCAGAGUCUGGGGAGGACGAAGCUUCCUUCUGUGUCAAAGUGAUUUCUAAGACUGAUUCGAGGGAAUUUUGGUGUUACUGGUGA